AAAGCAUCUUUUUUAAAGCUUUUUGAAAACAGCAACUUUCAACUUUUCUGUGUUUUUCUGGUUUUAUUACCAUAUUUUAAAAUUAAAUCGUAUUAAGCGCCGGCAACAUGCAUCUUAUUUUUGUGUGUAGUAGGUCUUUACAAUUGGUUACUUUUAUCUGUGAAUAAAAAUUGUAUCCCUUCUUUUCAAAGGUUUGAUUCGUGUUGACAAGAGAGGUUAGAGUUGUGCAUGUUCUAUUGAUGUGAGUAGGUAAUGCUGGCGGUUGUGCGUGUGAGGAAAAACAUUCCAAAUCGAACACCUGAAACGCAUUUAAAAUGCCCAGAAGUAAAGCAACCGAAGAAACAGAUAAACUCACAAGAAUAGCCAUUGUAAAUGCAGACAAAUGCAAACCCAAGCGAUGUCGGCAGGAGUGCAAGAAGUCAUGUCCAGUUGUAAGAAUGGGCAAGCUGUGUAUCGAGGUUACACCUAAUGAUAAAAUAGCUACUAUAUCUGAAGAAUUAUGUAUUGGAUGUGGAAUCUGCGUUAAGAAAUGCCCAUUUGAGGCAAUCACGAUCAUCAACCUGCCCAGCAACUUGGAGAAAGACACGACGCACCGUUACUCGCAGAACUCGUUCAAGCUGCACCGGCUGCCCAUCCCGCGGCCGGGCGAGGUGCUGGGACUGGUGGGCACCAACGGCAUCGGCAAGUCCACCGCGCUCAAGAUCCUUGCCGGCAAGCAGAAGCCCAACUUGGGUCGCUAUACUGACCCGCCCGACUGGACGGAGAUCCUGAACCACUUCCGAGGCUCGGAGCUGCAGAACUACUUCACCAAGAUCCUGGAGGACAACCUGAAAGCGCUGAUCAAGCCGCAGUACGUGGACCAGAUCCCGAAGGCGGUGAAGGGCACAGUGCAGCAGUUGCUGGACAAGAAGGAUGAGCAAGGCAACCAGAAGGAGAUCUGCAAUCUGUUGGAUCUGAUGAACAUACGUGGGCGCACGAUCGACCAGUUGUCCGGAGGAGAGCUGCAACGCUUUGCGUGUGCCAUCGUCUGCAUCCAGAACGGGGACAUCUUCAUGUUCGACGAACCUUCCAGCUACUUGGAUGUUAAGCAGCGCCUCAACGCAGCCGUCACCAUCCGCUCCCUCAUCCACCCUGACAAGUUCAUCAUCGUAGUGGAGCACGACUUGUCUGUGUUGGACUACCUAUCGGACUUCAUCUGCUGUCUGUACGGGGUCCCCGGGGCUUACGGCGUCGUCACUAUGCCCUUCUCCGUCAGGGAAGGGAUCAACAUCUUCCUGGACGGGUUUGUGCCCACGGAGAACCUGCGGUUCCGCGACGAGUCGCUGGUGUUCAAGGUGGCUGAGAGCGCGACGGAGGAGGAGGUGAAGCGCAUGAACCACUACGUGUACCCCAGCAUGAGCAAGACGAUGGGCAGCUUCCACCUGCAGGUGAACCAGGGCCAGUUCUCCGACUCGGAGAUCUUGGUGCUGCUGGGCGAGAACGGCACCGGCAAGACCACCUUCAUCCGCAUGCUGGCGGGCAAGCUGGAGGCCGACACGGGCUCCGGCAACAUCCCUCAGCUGAACAUCAGCUACAAGCCACAGAAGAUAAGCCCCAAGUCGCAGGGCAUCGUCAGGCAGCUGCUGCAUGAGAAGAUUCGCGAUGCGUACGUGCACCCUCAGUUCAUGACGGACGUGAUGAAGCCUCUGCGAAUGGACGACAUAAUGGACCAAGAGGUGCAGAACCUCUCCGGGGGUGAGUUGCAGCGCGUGGCCCUCGCUCUCUGUCUUGGCAAGCCGGCUGACGUCUACCUCAUUGAUGAACCCUCUGCGUACCUCGACUCGGAGCAGCGGUUGAUCGCAGCCAAGGUCAUUAAGAGGUUCAUCCUGCACGCAAAGAAGACCGGCUUUGUGGUGGAGCAUGACUUCAUAAUGGCGACGUACCUAGCGGAUCGAGUGAUCGUGUUUGAGGGGCAGCCGUCCAUCCACACAACUGCCCACACACCGCAGAACCUUUUGGCCGGCAUGAAUCGCUUCCUGGAACUGUUGGGCAUCACUUUCCGACGUGACCCAAACAACUUCCGCCCUCGCAUCAAUAAGAACAACUCUGUCAAGGUAGCUAUGCAGCAUGAAUCAGCGAUGCUUGUCGCACCUGAAACCCUUCUAUUGAGUUAAGAACAUUGUACAUUGUGUAACAGUAGAUCAGUUAAAAAAGCCAAUUUGCAGGAAAAUGCAAACUAAUUUUCUUGGAUUUGGUGGUAAAAUUUAAAAUCUGAAAGAUUGCAAAGAUUUUUUAUGAGCAAAAUGUGAUAACAGCCAAAUGUGCACUAUAACGAACAUUAGAAGUAUCUGCUUUGGUUAGCACUUUUUCAGGUAACACCAGGGACCGGAAAGUUACUUUUAAAAAGUAACUCAGUUACAGUUACAAAUACUCCAUUGGAAAUGUAACCCUGUUACAACUACAAGUUACACUACUGAAAAUAAACCAGUUACAGUUACAGUUCUGAGAAAAGUAACUUUAAGUUACUUUAACAGUUACUUUGUGAAAAACUAAAAAUAUGAUACGUAAUAUUGUUAUAAUUAAAAGCUAAUAAAACAUAUUGUGCUUAGUAAA